AUGAAUAACAACAAUACCUCAUCUCCAUCUCCAAGUCAGGUCUCCUCUUGUACAUUUUCAUUCCCUAACUCACCUGCUUCUUCAAGUAGCAGCAGCACUACAACCACUCCCAAAAGUAAUCCUAGCACUCCAACCACUCCUAACAGAUUAUUGAAUCAUUUCCCACCCUCACAGCCUCGAUCUUUAAUUGAAAUUCAUCUCAAGAAUAAUGCAUUCAGUAGUGUGGUCUCGCAAAAGUCUUCUACGGCACUGAAAACAACAACAACUCCUCCUCCAAAUUCGACUCACGCGAGUUGUACAAAGACUUCAUUCAUCAUGAAUAAUAGAACACUCACGACAACGACAACCACCACUGGUAUCAAGAAGGUAACACAGAGUGAUCAUCCAAGUAGAAAAUCAUGCACAAGUACUACUAGUAAGGUAUCCAACAAACAACACCCAGUUUCUCCCUCCCAUCAUUCUCAACCAUUACCAGCCUCAAUCCACAGUUUUACUCUACCUCCAUGUGUUUAUACGGAUUCUACGACGACGACCAUUGUUGCUAAUACAACAACAUCUUGUACUGAUAAGAACAUGUUCUUGCAUCAUCAUCAAGUGGCACCAACCACAUCUUCGAUUUCUACAUGUACCAUACAAACCCACAACUUGAAUAACACCAUGUUUUCCCAAGCCACUCUUGUUCCUUCUUCCUUUUCAAAUCCAGCCUCUCUUUGGAUGAAAUCAGAGAGUGGUGGUUCAUCAUCUCCUCUCAAAGUACCGAGCCCAAGUCGAAUUCACUCUAACUAUAUUUACAGUCCCUUUACGUAUAACUUUAUAAAGCAGAAUACUCCCUCAAGAAAUAAUGCCAAACCCAAGAAUGCUCAACAAAAGUCAAAAUCCAAUGAGACAGAUGAUGGUGAAAAACAAGCGAUUGAACGUUUGGAAGCGUUUUAUUUGAAGAAGAGCGAGUUGCUUGCCAGUCAUUUGCUGAGUAAGAUGGAUCACUUUUAUAGAAGCUUACUUUCGUGUAUUCAAGAUAUUUUACUUAGACUCAUGGAUACAAGUCGUACCACUCAGUGUGAUGAAACAGUCAUGAAGAAACUCGACAGAAUUCAACGCAUGAUCAACUUGAAGAAAUAUAUUAGCUCUCGUAUCAAGGAAUUUGAUGAGUGGCCCAUGUUUUUCGAUAGCUGUAUCACACAAGUGUCUGCAGAAGAUCUGUCACGACUCGAAGAUAUUGAACGAUGUACCAAUAACUUUAAAGUAAUCAUUACUGGAAAGGAAGAGUUGACAAAGAACUUGAAUUUAGCUAGCUUAAAAACUCGGCUGACCGACCAUCAAAUGUUUCAAUACGUGACACAGUUCAUUGCCACAUGUUGCUGGGUCGAUAGAAAGGCUAUUCCUGAAGAUGUUAUGAAUUGUUUAAAGUUUUUCACAACUAUUCCAACCUCAGAUCAAGUUGACUUGCUCAAGCUUGCUAAAAAACAAGAUGAUCAUUGGACAAACCGAUACGACACCCCAACCUUGUGUUCUCUACAAGACUUGGCAGACUCAGAUGACGACGUACCCAUGCGAGAUUGUACAAAUGCAUUCUCAUUCACUUUAAUGUAA